AUGAGCGCUGAAGAGUUCAUUGCUGACGUCGAAAGCGGCCUGGUGCCGGUGGACUGCCACGAGAAAGUGCUGCGGAUCGCAUUUAUUUAUCUGGAUGAGGGGCUGUGGGAUGGCAACGGCGUAUUCGACGUUGUCGAGAAGCUGCACGCGCACGGAUGGUCGUUUGGCGAGGGCGAAUUGAGAUUCAAUCGCACCCUGGAUAUCUUCUACCUCGCCCAGCUCGCAGCAGCCAUCUACCGCUCCUCCUCCCAACUCGAGGGCGACUUCCCAUCCCCCGAUGACUUCCAGUCCUUCUACACAACACAUUAUGCCCUCCUCCACCCCUCCGCAUGGCGCACUUACUACUCGACGUCAUUCCUCACCCAGCCCACAACAGCGCGCUUCUACCGCCUCCCUAACCUCCAAGACCUACCGGACUCCGACUCCCCGCUGAGUCUCCCGCGCCACCGACCCCCGGCCCACGCCACGAAACUUCCUCGUUGGGCUUCCACGGUCGCGCGUACGCGUCGUAGGCAGCCCGCUCUCCCGCUCGCGACUUUCACAGACAUAGCCCUCGGCACGCUGGAGACGACCAUCGCGCGCUUGCGUACUUCGCACCCGAGUGUGCUGCCGUACUCGGAGACGCAGGCCCGCUUCUGGCUUGAGUACAUGGGGCUCGGGUCUGGAAGGUUUGACUCAGCCAAGGCGCCCGCGGGAUCCCGGGAAGCGUGGGAGCCGAACAGCUUCGGGAUAUCGGUUGCGCAGGGGGCGUAUGAUGUGUACGCGUGGGAGGGGAAGUACUCGGCGCAGCUGUGGAAGGAGAGUGGCGCGGGGACGGGGAGGGGGGUUGUCGAGCCGGAUGUGGAUGGCGGGUGGAAGAGUGAGGUGAUGUGGUGUGGGGAGCCGGAUGGCGGGGUAGGGAUGUAUGCGUGGUGCAGGGGGUGGGAGGGGGAGGUUGGGAGUGAGGAGGAGGUGGAGUUUUUGGCAGCGGUUGCGGUGGAGGAGACGGUGGGGGUGGUGGCGGAGGUGGGUGAGUUGGAUCUUGCAGUGCGGUCGCAUGUGUUGCUGGGGGCGAUGCGGGCUGCGGUUGAGACGGGUCGGGAGAGGGAAGCUUUCCUAGAGGAGCUGGAGAGGGGGAUGGCGAAGACGGGGAGGAUUGGAGAGGACAGGGUAGGGAGGUGGUUGAGGGAGGCUUUGAGGGUCGUGGAGCCAUACGUGAGCGGAUGGGAGGGGGUAUGGCCUGAUGCAGCGGAGAGGAAGAAGGUCCUACGGCAGAUCUUGGGUGAGAACGGGCAGCUCUUUGGGAGGUGGAAGGUUCCGCCGCUGCUGGGGGAGUUCAGUUUUGAGCUGGGGCCAAGGGAGGAGGCGUAG